UUGCAGAUACUUUUCGCAAUCAAUUACACUACAGCUUACUUGGAGCACCUACAAAUCACUGAACGGCUAUUUGUCAUCAAUACUGAGCGGUCCAUAUCAGCUCUGGUGAAGGGCUAUAGAUGUGGAAACCUUGAUGAGAACUAUUUCCACUUGUAUGAGCUGCGAACUGUUGGAUUUGAUACUGGAGCAGAAGAACGAGCCUUAGCACAUAAGGUUACAUUGGUUUGUGUUCACGAGACAAUCAUUCAAGAUGAGAAUACUCAGAUCGAUCGUCAGCUUCGAGACGACAUAAUUGCUAAACGGAAUGAACGAAUGGCUAAUCGAAUCAGUAGUUUCUAUAUGAGUAAUCCUCAUCUUACAAUCUUUUCCGCAUUUGGAUCAGAAACGGGAACUAAACGGCUACAUCGUAGCUAG